AUGGCAUUCACUUUUUUCUGUAAUGUUUCACUUCCUCUCUUGAUAAGCCUUAUGUUCUUCCUACCUCUGAUUACCAUCAAUUCAUCUGAGCCUCUGAUAUCAAGCUACAUUGUGCACACUGAUAGCCAAUCGAGGCCUUCUCGGUUCUCAACUCAAGAUGAUUGGUAUAGUUAUAUGAUCAAUACGUUCACUGACCAAAAAAUGGAAUCACAAUCUAGCUCUCGAAUUUUCUAUACAUACAAUGUAGUCUUCCAUGGCUUUGCAGCAAGAUUGACAGAUAAAGAGGCUAAAAAGUUCACAAAAGUGCCGGGAAUUUUGGCCGUUUUAGCAGACAAGGUCACGGUAAAGUUAGACACUACCCAGUCCCCAGAAUUUCUUGGUCUGAAUUUGGAUUAUGGCCUGUGGCCGGAGACCAACUUGGGUGAGAAUGUUAUAAUUGGCAUGGUAGAUUCUGGAAUUUGGCCGGAGAGUGACAGCUUCAAGGACACUGGGAUUGGACCAAUACCCUCUAGGUGGAAAGGUGCAUGUGAACAGGGAACUGAAUUCAAUUCUAGUCAUUGUAACAGGAAACUCAUUGGUGCAAGAUUCUUCCUCAAGGGUAUUGAGCACUACAUGUCUGACAGAUUAUUGGAAGAACUUGGCGAAUAUCGAUCCCCGCGAGAUGGAGUGGGACAUGGCACACAUACUGCUUCAACAGCAGCAGGAUCCGAGGUGGCCAAUGCUAAUGUAUUUGGUUUUGCUAAUGGCACUGCUCAAGGCAUCGCAACAAAGGCCAGGAUUGCCAUGUAUAAAGCCUGUGAGGUAGUCCUUGGUGUGAAGUGCCAUAAAGAUGAAAACACAUGUUUCGUAAAGAUGAAAUUUAGAGGCAUCAUACCCUUUAUCGGUUCUAAAGGCAUCAGACACCUUAUGAAGGAAACUGGUCAUGAAGAUGAGCAUAAACAAUUUCAGAAAUCUUCAGCAGGCAAGAUUAGAGUUGAAGCAGAAGAAGAAGAAGCCGUCUUGUCUGCUGCUCAUGCAAUGAUCACUCAACUAUCUGGCUUGGGAAAUAGACGACAAGUGGAUCCGUGGCGCAAUGGUAGCGCGUCUGACUCCAGAUCAGAAGGUUGCGUGUUCGAUUCACGUCGGGUUCAGUUUUUACUUUUUGCAAUUUUCCAUUUUUGGCGUGGGCAUUUUGGUCAUUGCGUUCUUAAACCCAUCUUCUCCAUCCUCCCGAAGCCCAAACUCUUCCAACAGCACAGCUGA